AUGCCUAGUCUGGAACCAUGGAAAAAUCUAAGAUUAAGAAAAGACAUUGUCACCUUAUUUGAUGUGCUAUGCGAAGUGCAACAGACACCAACGGGCCCAAAAAUUAUUCGAAGCUUUCCGGAAGAUUAUGACGAUCAACAAGUCUUGAAGGCGAUUCCCCAAUUCGCGAUGCCAUAUGAUUUCUUCGACCAUCAGGGAUGGCAACACAAUUUUGGGCAUUGCCGAGUGUCACCGGCCACAAAGACUUGCUACGUGAUCUUAAGCGGGCUGCCAUGGUGUAAAUUCUUUGCCGAGAUGCUGGAUUUAUUUUCGGGUAUUCGGAGUUUUGCGACGGACGAGGAUUUCGACUUGGCAUUUUGCGCAGCGUAUCAUUCCGAGAUACCACUGCCUGGGACACAAUUGAGUCUACCAAAAAUUAAUAAGCUUCCGGUUGCAAAAUGUAUUGCUCCGGAAUUGAAAGUGUUUCCAUCGAUGAGAGAUGAGACGUAUUUGCUUGAAUUGUGGAACGCAUUGUCACCAGAUCAGUUGAUAAAAUUAUAUUGCAGCAUCCUGAAAGAGCGGAAUAUCAUUUUUACGGGUUCAAAGCUAUCUUUGAUUACGAAUUGCGUUUUGGCAACGACGACGAUGUUGUAUCCAAUGUAUUGGCAAUACCUUUUGAUCCCAGUAAUUCCGCCGGAUAUGAAAGCGUUCCUCGGGACACCUGUGCCAGCAAUAAUGGGUGUGGCAAAGCAAGUCGUACCUCAAGUCGAGAAAGCUGAAGGCACAAAUACAGCUGUAAUUAUUGAUUUGGAUGCAAGAACCAUUGCAGCAAUAGACCAGGAUUAUCAAGCGAUGCCUACUGACAUCAAAAAGAUGCUAAUGUCUUACCUGAAGAAAAUGAGCAUGAGCGAUGGUUUUUCAGAAGUGUUUUAUAAAGCAAACAGCCAAAUUUUUGGCAAGUUUUUGUAUGGAAGACGGGCGGAUACACCGAGCGGCUGGGAUCGAGAGCUUUUUAUCUCAAAACAUAAAGAUUCGGAAAUGAGGGAUUACCUGCGGUAUCUCAUUGGCGACGGUGGUGUACAGUAUUUGGAACGGUUUUGUGAGGAAUAUUUCGAAAAGGAAAAUACUUUGGAAAGUCAAAAAAUACCGUUCACGGCUGAAGGAAUGCCAAAGAAGCCGAUGGAAAAAAUUCAGGAUAAUGUGUCAGAAGUUUUCGGGACUUUUAAAGACAAAUUUGGAAAGCUAAAGAUUGGCGGUGGACGACCAGGCGCUAGCAAAUUUUACGAUGAACCGAUUUCAAAUUUGGACAAUCAGCUGUUUGAGGAUUCGCUUCCGGAAAGGCCAAAGGAAGUACAAUCGAGACAGCCAGAACAACAGCAAGUAGUGUAUGAUCUAAUUACUUUUGGAAACGAUGAUCCGACUCCUACGGCUGAAACACCGCAGACUAGAGCAUCUUUUGAGGACCCAUUCGGAAUCCGGGAAUUUGAGACAUCAACUUUCAACUCACAUACGCAGCCAUCCAACGCCCGCGCCUCUCCGUCACUUCCUUCCCGUCCUCCGGUCACAUUUCCACCAUCCCAAUUUCCCGAUAAUCCCUUUAUGCAACCAUUUCCAUUUGAUGCAUUUUCGGGCUUCUCGGCAAGAUCGGAUUCUAAUUCUUUAAGCUCGGCUGGGUCCUCACCAAAGCUUCCGCCACGGCCCAUUCACAAUGUACAGAUGAGAGGUAGUCCAUUUCAAGCCGGAGCGGCCGCACGACAUGGUAUGAUAAACCCAGGACAACCAAUGCGAACAAAUAGUGCUUCACCGGUAGUUCCGCAACGACCCACUCAACGCCCAAUUGCCGAUAUCCCAUCCCACGGCGGCUCGGCACCAACUAUGAAUAUUCCCCUGAGAAGGCCCGCUCUUCAAAGCAGAGCCCCUCCCACCACUCCACAGCCAACACAAAACCCGCCAACAGUUCCAGGACACGGAUGGGUCAAAUUUGAA